UUUUUUUUUGUUUGUUUGUUUGAAAUCUUUACUUGUUAAACAACUUACUGCUGGUAAAUUAAAUAAUGGGAAAUCAUACAAUUCUUUUAUUACAACAACAUUCAAACCAAAGUUCUCGAACUUAUUACGAUUUUCAAAAUGAAAGCGAUGCAAUGGAUCACAUUGCUGGAUUAUAUGAAGCUCAACUUGCUAAAGAGAAUCCUUAUGCAGGCGAAGUACAAUAUAGAGCUGAAGACCUUUUCAAAUUCAUAGAUUCAUAUAAAGAAUUUGUAGGACUUGUAUAUGAUCCAAAAGUGUUUAUGUAUCAGCCACGCGAUAAGGACUGGAUCAAAGACAGCCUAAUUGCUCAUUUCAGUGGUCAACAGGCACCAGUACAAAAUAAUAAUCAUCGUAGACGUCGUUAAUAAACUCUUUUUUGAAAACAAAGAACAAA